AUGGCGUCUUCUCUCUUCAUCCUCUUCCUCACUUUCCUCGCACACUUUCUUCCUCUCUCUGUCCUCUCAGCCACAGUACUCGAAGAUCUCGCUACUCUUACUCCACCUCCUGACUUCAUCACCACCAUUACCACAAACUGCCUCCAUAAUCCUCUACUGCGUUACUGCAACAACACCACUUCUUCUCCCAUGGACAUCGCCGAGAUCUUCCGCUCCACGAUCGUCGCAAGCCAUCUCUGCAACGAGUCCAAAAACCCUAACUGCGUUGAAUCCUUCCCAAAGAUCAGAAUCCAUAACCGUCCUAAAACCGCUGCUCUCUACCUCUCUUUCGACUUCUUCUGGAAGUACUGUCCUCUCACCGUCAUCGAAAUCGAUCUCGUGAACAACUCUCUCAAGAGUGAGUUUCCAACAAACCUUCUGUCUUGUGCUCAGAUUCGGACCCUUGAUCUGAGUUAUAAUCAGUUAACCGGUUCUGUUCCGAUUCAGAGUCUCUCCCGGUUAACUAACUUGACCCAUUUGAAUCUCUCUUAUAACCGGUUUUCGGAGGAUGAUAACGAGUUCUUGAAACGGUUUAACGCCUCUAGUUUUAUACAUUCCGGUUUACUUCCAGAUGUUAAGCGUUACAAGAUGAAGGUUUUGGUCUUGUUGAUUGUGUUUCCUAUAGUGGUGCUCCUUCUCUCUUGUUGCUUGGGAUGGUUAUGUCUAAAAAGACCUGAUUACUUACCAAGAACGUGCAGGAGAAGUCACAAGUUCACAUCCGCGAUGAUCGAUGCAGCUACUGAUGAGUUUUCGGAUCAGAGACUUGUGGGGAAGAGCAAUGGAGUGGAUAUCUAUAGAGGAACGUUAAGAGACGGGACAGAGGCGAAGAUCGAGGUGUAUACAGAGAAGGUUUCGAAGGCGAAAAGGCUUGAGUUCGAAGAGGAAUGCGAGGCGGUUUUGAAGCUAAGACAUAAGAAUUUGGUAAGGGUUUUGGGUUGGUGUAAUAGCAGAAACUUGAGAGCUUUGGUUACUGAGUGGACUAAUGGAGAAAACGUUAGGACUUGGCUAGAUUCUUCAUUGGCUUCUUCAUGGAGAAGGAGGUUAAGAGUGGUUAUGGGAGUUUUAGAAGGUUUUUCUUAUCUAUCGGAGCAAUGGCCUGAGAUUGCAUUUGAUCUGAACACAAGCAGUGUUUUGUUAGCUGAUGAUGGUCAAGAACCACUGGUUUCUCGAUUCAAGAUUGGAGAGGGAAACAACUCAUCAACAAAUAUAUUCAACUUUGGAUUGUUUCUUUUGGAGAUGAUUACAAACCUAAAACCUGAUGAGGAACAAGAAGAUUCAGAAAGGAGGUAUCUUGAGUAUAUAAGAGUUCAUUGUCCGGAUAAUGCAGAGAGAGUGGUUGAUGAGAAGCUGAAGAUUGAAGAGAGGACUUUGGAGAAAGUUAAGGAAGCGAUUACACUUGGACUUAUGUGUACUGAAAAACCACCGUUGAGGCAACCAAGCUUCACGCAGAUAUAUGACACGGUGGUUUCUUUGUAUGAGUCUAGCUCAAGGCAUCAUUAA